AUGACGACGGCAACCUUGGCGAGCCCGGCCACGCUGGCGCAGCAUGUCACGGCGCAGCUGGCAGAUGCAUCCGCUGUGGACGUGCUGCCGCCUGGCUGGCUCCAGCACUAUAUCGAUGAAGGCCAUGAGCCGGCAGCGCUACCGGCGUACCUCGAGGCCAGCCUGCUCGCGGCCGUGCAUGCAUCGGGCGCGACGCACUACGAGAGCGCCGAGACGUUCCUCCAUGAACUCCACGACGCCCACGCCAAGACCGUGCCAAAGCGCGUGUGUGGCUACAUGUUCAAGCACAACGACAUUGCAUGGAACUGCCGCGACUGCCAAAUGGACGAUACGUGCGUGCUGUGCCAGACGUGCUUCCAGCGCUCGGACCACACGGGCCACCAGGUCUUCUUCCAUCGAACGACGCCCGGCGGUAUGUGCGACUGCGGUGACGAAGAGGCGUGGAAGCCAUCGGGCUUUUGCCCGCAGCACCAGGGCCAUGCCGCGGGGGCCGACACGCCGCCGACGCUGCCGCGCCCGAUCGCGCGCGUCGUGGAGGCCCUCGCGUCCGAGGUCGUCGGGCUCCUCACGCGCGUCGCGCAUCGCUCGGUCGUCUCCUUUGACGACGAGCUCGUCGCGCAGGCCGCCGAAGCGACGCGGCAACAGCACUUGCGUACCUUUCCGACGGACCUUCGGCCCAAGCUCUUCCACGUCCGCGUCUCCAACGACGACGUGCACACGGACGAGGAGCUCAUCGUGUCGCUGCAGAAGAAGGGCUUCACGGCCGUGUUUGCCCAGACGUUCACGCACAGUGUCGACAAGGCCGGCGCCGGGUCGCUCCGCCGCAACGAGACCUUUGCAGACGCGCUAGCGCUCAUGCGCGUCCUUCUCGCUGAGAACUGGUUCGUCUCGAUCGUCGACGACAUGCACGAAGCCCUCGAAGAGGUCGCAUCGGCCGCCAUCGGCUACCUUCUCGCGCUCACUGCCGUGUCGCCGUCGGUGCUCUCGACGUUGCUGCUCGCGCUCUUCGCCCCCGUGCAAGCAACGUACGCCGACAGCCAUGACGACUACCGGCCGAUCCGCGUGCUAUUGCAGGCCACGCCGUUCUUGAAGAAGCCGCUCAUGCGCCAUCUGAGUCUCCUCUACCUCAAGCUCAUGGGCGACCGCGACCGCAAGCUUGAGUUUGCCUUGGUCUACGCGCGCGUCUACAGCAAGCUCGCGCUGCAGUACUUUUGCGGCAAAGGCACCAACAAGGAAGCGCUCUUCAGCCUCGGCGUCCAGCUCUUUACGACGCCGUCGAUCGUCCACGCUCUCGUCCACGACCACGGGUUCCUCGAUACGAUCUUACUCGCGCUUCAGAGCGGCUUUGAUCUGGCGCUGGACCAGAAUGGCCAUGUGGACUUGGACCACAUGGUCUUGCGCUACCGCCGGUACCAGCCGCUGAUCAUGGACCUCAACCACAUUCUGGUGAUCCCCGAUAUGGCCGCGGCCUUUGGGUCGCCCGAGACGCUCGAGAUUUACGUCCAACUGCUGCACAUGCUGUGCGGGAUGAACCCCCAAGUCCGCAUCCCGGAGGCGCGUCACCACGUCGACCACGUCGACGACCGCGGUUGGAUCAGCGCGUUUAACCUCCAUUUAACCCUAGCCGCGAUGCCCCCCGCGCUCUUCAAGGGCCUUCGCUUGCUGCCGCCCGAGGCUUUUCAGAACGUGCUGAGAACGCUCUUGGUGACGAUCCGCUCGGCGCUCGCGUCCAAUGACGCCAGUGACGGCGUCGGUGUCGACGCGUGCCCCGUGUCGUUCCACUACCCGCUGCACCAUGUACUGAGCCGCGUACUCCUCGAACACCUCUCGCUCCCAGAGACGUCGCCGCUAGCGCACUUGCUGCCUUCGGACAAGAUGGUCUCGGUUCUCGAGCCGCCGCUGCGCACGCUCGUCUGGGCGUCCCAGAUUGCGAGCCAGCUCUGGGUGCGCAACGGCAACGACCUCAUGAUCCGGCAGCUCACGAGCUACUACAACAUUGGCUACAACCUCUCGUUUCGGGAUCUGGACGUCGCGCUCGUGCAAGCCAGCGUCGUCGUACUCGGCCAUACGCGCUUCAUGGCGACGUUUACGCGCCGCUACGAUCUGAGCGGCGACUGGCUCGUGGCGGCGGGGCCGGAGAAGCGCCGCUUGUACGUGGCCGACUGCCUCCUCAAGCUGCUGUGGCUCGUCACGGAGCUGCCGCCGCCCUCGACGCAGCGCAUCGAGGUCAUGCUGCGUCGCGAAGUCGUUCACUUUCUGAGCUACCAGCCGUUCUUGUACUCGGCGCUGCGGGAGCAAACCGAGCCGCUCUACGCCCGUCCCGGCCUCGAGUCGGUCUCGGACGACGCCAAGAACAAGCAGCUCAUGGCUGUGCUCCACGAAGUGGCCGACUGGCCAACGACGACGCAAAACGAGCUGACGCCGGCGAAAUUCUCGCUCAAGCCCGCGCUCUACAGCGAGUACGACCCGUCGUUCGUCCAUGUGAGCCCGAUGAACCACGUGAAAGCCCAAGUCGCCCGCCAAGACGCGCUCUUCAAGACGUGGACGCCGUCGCGUCCAUAUCUUCCGAUGGUCCAGGAGCUGCCAGCGUGCCAUCCGUCGAUGCAGCCAUGCCGGGAUCUCGUCGUGUCCCACCAUGUCUUCCAGCUGCUUCGUCUCUCUCUCCGGGAUGCAGACGACGAGUCGGUGCUCAGCCGUCUCGUGCAUGUGGUCACAGUGCAGCUUCUCGUUGUCACUGCGUCGAGCGCGGAUGCAGUUUGGUACGAGCUCCGCCGCCCGGACGACGAACCAGUGCCCUCCUGGGUCGCCGCCGAGACUACUGCACUCGACGCCGCACUCGAGGCGUCUGCGGCAGACGAAGAAGGCGCCGCUGUCGCCAAGAGCAGUCUUCUCGCAGCGUUGACCGCCAAGGCCAUGGCGUUCCGUGAGACGCUCGAAGCGUCGAUCAAGCCGCUCGUCUCGGCGCUGCUCUUUGUGCUGCAGCGCGUCCAGACGUUGUUCCCACGCAGCGCCACGUUCCUCGCGCUGACGGUCUUUCCGGCGGCGUCGGCCACGAGUCCGUCUGCGACCGCGCCGAUCGACCCCAAGGCGCGCCUCGCUUUGCAAAAGCUCAAGCAGCAGCAAGCCAUGGCGGCCAUGCAGGCGCGUCAGUCGCAGUUUGCUACGAUGCUCGACGACGACGACGCCAGUGACAAUGACACGAUGGACAAUGACGCGACGGGCCAUGGCGAGUCGGUCGAGGCCGCGCAGCCGCCGCCCGACUGCAUCAUCUGCGCCCAAGUCAAGAAGGACGAGCCCGUCAUGUUUAUAGGGCUGGCGCAGACCGUGCCGUCGUUCACGCGGCAUCGCUUUGACAUGCUCUCGCCCACGAUCCACGUCUCGCUGUGCGGCCAUGCGCUGCACCUUCCGUGCGCCCAGCAGUACCUCUCGACGGUCGCGCGCGAGGUCGGCGCGUCGCUCUUGCAGCAGCACGCGAUUGCGUUUGAUGCGAGCAUGGGCGAGUUCCUCUGCCCGCUCUGCAAAGGUCUCAGCAACUCGGUCGUCCCGUUCGUCCCACGGCCAGUGACACGGCCCACGAGCCUCGAGCGCUACUUCCAAGGCGCGAUGCAGCCCGACAAGGUGGUCGAGUAUUUGCAGUCGCACUUGCCGUCGCAGCUCGUGACGGCACCGCCGAUGGAGACGGCCGCAAAUGCAUACGAAGGCCUCGCUGCGUACCUGCACUCGCUCCGGAACCUCCGGCCGGUCAACCUCACGAACCCCGUGUCGGUCGUCCGCAUUGUCCUCGACUCGGUGAGUCAAGCGUUCGAGACGGCGCAGCUCCGCGGUCUCUCGGUCGCCUUGGAGACGCUGGCGUACGACGGUGACGCGUCGCCGUCCCUGACGCACCGCCUCGGUGUGUCCCUCCCAUCGGACGUGGAAGCCGCGUUGGACCCGUUCACACCGCGCGACGACGCCAAGCUGCAUGCGAUGCUGCUGCUCCUGCGCCGCCUGCCCGUGAUGAUGCCGGCGGCAACGUUCCACGAUGUCGUGCCGACAGCCCUUGCGGCGGCGCUCACGGGUGAUGCGGGCGUCGUCACGGACGCGGCGUUUGGGACGCGCGUCGCGUCGGGCAUGCUGCCGUCACUGGGCUUGCCGCUGCUCUGCCACGACUUGUUCGGGUCGCUCCUCCUCACGUGCUCGGUCCUCCGUGAGAAGGCCGAGAUGCUCUGGGCCAUCCGCGGCUUUGGGUGUCUUGCGAUCGUCCAAGCGCUUAUGCAGUGCCUGGAGCCCGUCGACGAUCUCGUUGAAGCGAGUGACGGCUCGACGACGGCGAUGACGCCUGUGACGGCAUGGCGUCAAUCGAUCGCGAACGACCUUGGUGUAACAGUUGCCCCGACCGCACCGGCCGGUGACGUUCUGCACUUGGCCUUUGAGACGACCGUCUUGAGCUUCCUGCGCAAAGCAACGCUCUUGGCGCGCGCGAUCUUCCGCGGCCCCGACGACGAUGACGCCGGGCAGUACCUCAACUUUGUCAACCAUCUGCAGCUCUCGACGUCGGUCUCGGGUAUGUGCCAGCAGCUCGGGGUGCCGCUGCCCGCGGAUCUCUUGGCGGCGACGUCGUUCCAGCCUUUUCUGCACAGCCACUUGCAGCGGACCCGCACGGUCGUCGCGCCGCAUGCAUGGAAGUACCCGAGUGACGCGCCCUUGGUCGACGGCAUCGCAGCCAACUUGGCGGUGCUGCCCCGGCUGCCGCUGCACCGCCACAACCGCAGUCUCUGGGCGGUGCAUGUGGCGCUGACCCCGCUCGCGCGCCUCUACACCGACUUGUACGCGGCGAAUGGCCACCAUCUAUGCCCGAAAACCGGGCUGCCCCAAGAGUCAACGGCGCUCUGCAUGCGCUGCGGCACGGCCGUGUGCGCGGGCACCGACUGCUGCAAGCGCAACAGCCGCGGCGCCUGCUUCCAGCACGUGGAGCACUGCGGCCACGGCAACGGCGCGUUCUUCUUACUCAGAGCGUGCAGCAUGCUGCUCGUGAGCGUGCACGGGCGCGCCUGCUUCUUCACGUCGCCGUACGUCGACGAGUUUGGCGAAGAAGACAUUUACGUCAAGCGCGGCCGGCCACUGCAUUUGCGCCCGAAGCGGCUGCUUGCGGUGCUGCAGCAUUUGGCCGGGCACUCGAUCGCCGCCGAGGUGUCCAAGGUCCGUCGGACGUCUGAUCAGUACAUCCGUGCCUACUACUACUAA